CAAACCCUGGCGUGACAAUGCUUGUUGCAUGGCCAACACCACUGAAGGAGCCCACAAUGAUAACUCCUACCUGUACAACUUCAACUGGAACCACUGCGGUGUUAUGAGCCCUGAGUGCAAGAAGCAUUUCAUUCAGGACACUUGCUUCUAUGAGUGCUCACCACACGUGGGACCCUGGAUACAACAAGUGGAUCAGAGCUGGCGCAAGGAGCGUAUGUUGGAUGUGCCUCUGUGUCAGGAGGACUGCCAUGGGUGGUGGGAAGACUGCAAGAAUGAUUAUACCUGCAAGAACAACUGGCACAAGGGAUGGGACUGGAGCUCAGGUGAAAACAUAU